AUGCCACCAAAGCCUGUUAAAGGAGAAAAUUCGAUUCAGUCCCACCUGCGGCCGGGUCUUCGUGGUGAGUCCUCGACCUGUGCUGAGUCGUCACCUGGGCCGGGGGCGGCGGCCCGUGCCGCUGCAAUUAGUGACACCAGCAGUCUUAAACAGGAGCUGCUUGCGGCUCUCCGGGAGGACUUUACCUCUGUACUUAAAGCAGAGUUUCAUGCUGUUAUUGGUGAAAGUCUUUCUUCGAUUAAAUCCGAGCUGCUAUCCUUCAAGAAGGAACUGUCCUCUGGCCUCACUGCGGUGCAGGAGAGUUUUACUGGGCUAAACAUAACGGUUGCUGGGAUGGAAAAAUCCCUGUCCACCUGCACUGAUGACAUCGUUAGCCUCCGGAAGACAUUAGACAGCCUUACUAAAACUGCGGCACAGUUGGAGGAUAAAUGUGAUGACUUGGAGUCCUGGUCCCGGCGUCAGAACAUCCGCAUCAUUGGAGUCCCGGAGGAUGACCCUUUAUCGGCCUCGACGGCUGUGGUCUCUCGGUUGCUGAAGGAAGCCUUCGGUUUCGCCGAGGAACCGUUGGUAGACCGCGCUCACCGUAUCCCGAUCCCCAAACCCAAGGCAGGUGAACGCCCUCGCCCCAUCGUAGCUAAGCUACAUUACUACACUGACUGUGUGAAAAUCCUGUCGAAGGCAAGGGACCUGCAGCGGAUCAAGAUGAACGGACGGCCCGAGCACGAGCUCCGUGGCAUUGAGGGGGUCCGGUUCGGCUUGCUUCAUCCGGCCCGAUUGCGGAUUACCCAUGGGGGAACUACGCGAGUUUUCACCUCUCCGGAGGAAGCCAACAUCUACAUCGGAAUGCCACCAAAGCCUGUUAAAGGAGGAAAUUCGAUUCAGUCCCACCUGCGGCUGGGUCCUCGUGGUGAGUCCUCGACCUGUGCUGAAUCGUCUCCUGGGCCGGGGGCAGCGGCCCAUGCCGCUGCUAUUAGUGAUACCAGCAGUCUUAAACAGGAACUGCUUGCGGCUCUCCGGGAGGACUUUACCGCUAUACUUAAAGCAUAUCUUUCUUCGAUUAAAUCCGAGCUGCUAUCCUUCAAGAAGGAACUGUCCUCUGGCCUCACUGCGGUGCAGGAGAGUUUUACUGGGCUAAACGUAACGGUUGCUGAGAUGGAGAAAUCCCUAUCCACCUGCACUGAUGAAAUCGUUAGCCUCCGGAAGACAGUAGACAGCCUUACUAAAACUGUGGCACAGUUGGAGGAUAAAUGUGAUGACUUGGAGUCCCGGUCCCGGCGUCAGAACAUCCGCAUCAUUGGAGUCCCGGAGGAUGACCCUUUAUCGGCCUCGACGGCUGCGGUCUCUCGGUUGCUGAAGGAAGCCUUCGGUUUCGCGGAGGAACCGUUGGUAGACCGCGCUCACCGUAUCCCAAUCCCCAAACCCAAGGCAGGUGAACGCCCUUGCCCCAUCGUAGCUAAGCUACAUUACUACACUGACUGUGUGAAAAUCCUGUCGAAGGCAAGGGAGCUGCACCGGAUCAAGAUGAACGGACGGCCCGAGCACGAGCAGCCUUUACAGACUGCCGUCGCCGGCUCCGUGGCAUUUAGGGGGUCCGGUUCGGCUUGCUUCAUCCGGCCCGGUUGCGGAUUACCCAUCGUGGAACUACGCAAAAUGCCACCAAAGCCUGUUAAAGGAGGAAAUUCGAUUCAGUCCCACCUGCGGCUGGGUCCUCGUGGUGAGUCCUCGACCUGUGCUGAAUCGUCUCCUGGGCCGGGGGCAGCGGCCCAUGCCGCUGCUAUUAGUGAUACCAGCAGUCUUAAACAGGAACUGCUUGCGGCUCUCCGGGAAGACUUUACCGCUAUACUUAAAGCAGAGUUUCAUGCUGUUCUUGGUGAAAGUCUUUCUUCGAUUAAAUCCGAGCUGCUAUCCUUCAAGAAGGAACUGUCCUCUGGCCUCACUGCGGUGCAGGAGAGUUUUACUGGGCUAAACGUAACGGUUGCUGAGAUGGAGAAAUCCCUAUCCACCUGCACUGAUGAAAUCGUUAGCCUCCGGAAGACAGUAGACAGCCUUACUAAAACUGUGGCACAGUUGGAGGAUAAAUGUGAUGACUUGGAGUCCCGGUCCCGGCGACGGCCCGAGCACGAGCAGCCUUUACAGACUGCCGUCGCCGGCUCCGUGGCAUUUAGGGGGUCCGGUUCGGCUUGCUUCAUCCGGCCCGGUUGCGGAUUACCCAUCGUGGAACUACGCAAGUUUUCACCUCUCCGGAGGAGAGCAAUAUCUACAUCG